CGUUGUUUCAACUUUCCGACAAACAGAAGACGGCAAGCUCUGACUCGCCUACUCGAUUGGUCGACCCUUUCUUUUAUCAAUUGCCCUUGUUUUUGUUGUCAGACUCUUCAGCUUCUGCCCUCCUUUCAGCCAGCCCGACCUCUCGCCACGCACUGCCUGCCAUGGCUGACACAUACCUUGCUUUCUUGCGCUCGCCAACCGAGUCGGCUCUCGCACCUGAUGCUGCUCUCCACUACAUCACCACCACUACCUCGAUCCACGAGUCCUCGGCCAUCAUCAGACAUUUCCAAGCACAAGACAAGGUUGUCAAGAAGAAGUCGGAGAAUAUCUUGAGCUCUUUUGGCAGCUCGCAGAAUGCUGUCGUUGAGACUGACACCACCUUCGAGUUCAUCCGUGGAGGUGGCGCCAUCCUUCCUCAAAUGGAUGACAACAUGCUCGCCGAUUCGGUCGCUACCCUCCCCAUGGUGCACGUUGUUCAGUACGAUGGCCAAGGCAAGAUCAGCCAGAUCAGACUCUACUGGGAUCAAUCGACUAUGCUCAGACAGGUCGAUGCCAUCGGCAAGAGCGGCCGCAACUGGCCCAUCCGUGACGGCACCAACCAGAUCAAGACCAUCAAGCAGAGCGUUAGCCACUCCGGCACCACCUCCGCGACCCUUCCCAUGCGCCCCGUCUCCAACGACGUAAGCCAGUCCUCCCAGUCGCAAGCUGGCGGCCGCCAGAACGGUGACUUCCACGCUCGCCUCUUCGCUACGGGCGAGGGUCAAGAGCCUCGUGCCCAGACCAAUGCCAACCCGGAAUAUGCUGUUCGUACCUCAGCCAAGCCUGCUCCUCGUCAGAUGGACGAGAUCUUUGCAAACGGUAGCUCUAACGAAGGUUACAAGCCCGAGGGUAAGCCCAAGUCCGGUUCUGGCAAAAACUUCCCCGACAACCGCCUUUUCGACGAGAACCAGCAGCCCGAGCGUAUCCUGUCUCCCGAGAGCAAGAAGACCAAUCCCGAAAAGUUCAACCAUUUCGAAUUCCCCAACGGCGAAGGUAGUGCCUCCGCCUCGGACAUGUACAGAAACAUGUCUACCAAGGACCCGAAACACACGAGCAACUGGGACUUCUCAGACUUCACCACUCCCGAGAAGCACAAGCCUAGACCCAACCCUGAGCAGGAGCGUCACAUCGGUCCUGGUGUAGACGAGGAUCAAAUCUCCCCCGAGAAGCGCCCCAUCGUGCACGCCGCUCGUCCUGAUGCAAACGCCCAUUUCGAGAUCUCUGACGACAGCCCUGCCGGUCCCAAGGCUCCCUUCAGCAACCACACCAAUGUCGACAAGUCCAGACGUGGCGACGAGUACCAGCCCCACUUCAACAUCGGUCAAGCAGACGCGCCCAAGAAGAUCUACAAGACUGCAGGAAACGGCAUGGGUGGCCGCGCUGGAGCUCCCACCCUGUGGGAUGAGCCCGAGCCUCCUACUCCUGAAAAGGCCAUCUACAAGACUUACGGCAACGGAAUGGGUGGACGCAGAGACGGAGGCCUUUCAUGGGACAUCGGUGACGAAGGUGACAGCUCUAGACAACCUGCCAUCUACAAGACACGAGGUGACGGCAUGGGCGGACGUCGCGACAAGAACGCCACGACCGAGAACGACACCAUCUCUGGCGCAAGAAGCUACGCUUCCAAUGCACGCGCCCAGAACUACCACUCCUCGCAAAGAGACGACGAGUACGAGUUCUAGAUUGACGAACAUCUUGCAUGAGCUUGAAUGCCGGCGUAGUGGAGUCACGAUAUCAUGAGACUUUAACUUUCUCAAAGGGGCAUGGUUUUGUUUAGAGUAAUAUUGAGUUUCUUGACCUUGACACGAACAAUGUAGACAUGACUGUUUCUUAUACCCAUUGCGUUCUUGAUGCACUGUGGUGGGAUUUGAGUGCAAGCACACGUUGACGCGGCUGUGUUUAUCGUGAAUUGGAAUGACGGUAACCCUCAGAAAUUGAUUUCUCAUCUCGUGUGCGC